UUCACCGGCAUUUACGUCAAGCCGAAGGAGCAUAUAGCCGCCGAAAGAGAUAACUAGCCAAAGAACAAGGCCGAGAUUCACAAGUCUCCCUGCAUAGCUGAUCCCUUCGCCCGAUAAUUUCUAUUGAAAGCAGGCCUACCAUGGCUCAAAACCACCUAGCUAUCAUCGACUAUCCCUACAAAUCCAAGCCUUCCACUCUCUUGAACUCUCUUUUCAUGUCGACGGUGAACACGGCCGGGAAAACUCUCGUCUCUGUUGCGUCAAACUUGAAGAUGGAGCAAUCGGAGAAGUGGAGACCCAGUGAUCAUUUGAGGUUUAUGAUGAUGUUAAUGACUUGGGUCACCGUCUGGUUUUUUAGGGUUUUGAUGGAUUACUUCCCUAGCGUUAUGAGCUUCUCCCCAAACUAUCGUCUUCUUCUUGGACGCCUCUCGUCCGUUGGAUCAUCCACUUUAGCACUUCCAGCUCCAUCUUCAUCGUCAACAGCAUUAUCAACUUCUGCUGCUUCCUUGGAUUUGGUUCUGAAAGAUGAUUUUGAUGGACCUUCUGUUCAGGGCCUUAGUAGGGCGCUCACUCAUAUCCUUGGAUUGCUGAACCAGAUACCAGCCACUUCAAGAAAAUACCAAUUUGCAAUGGCAAUGGCUGACCAGAUCAUGGAAGGGAACGCCAGAGAUGGCCGCGUGGAACUCCUGGAAGUCAAUCAGCAGGCUCUGUCUUCAGCAUUCGCGUGUACGUUAAGCCUUCUGCACCGAUCCCUCAAACACCCUCAUGGGUCAGCUGAUUCAGGCGAUUGGUUAUCACGCGUCCUAAGGGCAAUGCCAAUGGGGUCCUACGUAUCACCGUACGUGAAGGGGUUGAAUUCCUGCAUAACAAGUGUCACACAGACGCUGCGUAGAGGUGCGUUGUCGGUGCUAUUAGACAAGUGGCGAGAAUUCAUCGGAGAAGGCAGCGGCCGCGUCGUCGUUUAUGAGGGAGCUGACGAUGUAGUAGCGGAGAAAUUGGCACAGGAACUGUUUUGGAUAACCAAUAAAAUAAGGGCAUAUGGGGCAGUGGACGAAGCUAUGGUGCAAUGGAGUUAUGCGUCUGCUCUCGCUUCACUUGCUUUCUCCGCUAAUCCCAGGGUCCAAGGCUACAUUGUUAAGAUCUCAGCUAUAUUAAUCGGAGAUCUCUCAUGCAACAAUGUAGAAGUAUCAGAGCAAGUGAAGUUCAGAUUGUUAGUGCUGUGGAUUCCACUGUUUUGCUAUGCAAACAAUGGAUUAUCCUAUCCUUUCUUGAGCAGCUUUGAAAAGGUAGAAGUAGAGAGAGCAUUAAAUGAAGUCAUUUCUACCUUACCUGCAAUGGAUCAAGAAGUAAUCCUCGUAAAUUGGCUGCAAGACUUCACUUUGUGUGCCUCUGAUUGGCCAAAUCUCCAAGUUUCUUAUGAUCGGUGGUGCAGAUGUACUCGUGAGCUUGCCCAAUGAAUCUUUACGAGUUUGUUCUUUGAUGGAUAACAAGCAUCUAUUUAUGGUUUUGGUUUUUAGGACAGUAUCCACAUGUUAUGUAUGCACAAUUACAUUUUCUGUAUCCAUAAUUACAUUUUCCAUUCUGCGAGUUUCCAAAGAGAUGGAAAAAGCUUGUGUUGCAACUCAAUCACCGUAAAAGUUGAUCUCGUGAUUUACAUGUAAAAAUAGGGACGGAUUUAAGGGGCUAGUUAAAUUUUAAU